UUGGUCUUCUUCUUCUUCUCCAUCGUCCAUCAAUUUCCUCAGGCUCCAAAGAUUCUCCUCUCUUCCGCCAUCUGCAGAAUUAGAUUGAUAAGCUUCUUGAUUAUGUGAUUAUCGUCAGAAUCGUGAUUAUGUGAUUAGAUUCUCCUCUCUUCCGCCUUUAUGAUUGGAAUCGUGCUUCCCUCGUGAUUCCGAGCUUCAUAGUGUCUUCACGAUUCAUCAAAGUAGUGAGUUUGUUUGAGUGGGAGAAAACGAUGUGGACCAAUGUUUUCACAAUUGGGGGUCUACAUAAUGUUUCUUGGUUUCAGUUUCUUCCAAGUGAAGCUGAGCUCAAUCCUAGCUCUGAUACAAGAGGUGAGCAGAAUGAUGUUGCGACAUAUCUUGUGCUUUCAUCUCAUCUUCGGUUGCAGAAGGAAGGCUUUCUUACCACAUGGACUAAUCACUGAUAAAGCUCAGGCUGUAGAGAGAGAGAGAGUGAAGACAGAUUAUAUGCCCCUGAUACUUGUAAGAUUGGAAGAGUUAGAUCUCAUUGAUAGAGAUGAUGAACAGAAGUUCUUAUCAAGUGCUGAUUUUCUUGUGACCAAUGCAAUGCCGAGUUUGAUUACAAAUAUGCAAAGUGCUGUCAGUGAAGUUCUUAAAGGAAUGCAGUUAAAGGAUGUAAUCACCACAAGAGUUCUACAAGAAACCUUGUCACGGAUUGUGGAAGAGUUCAUGUGCACUGGAAGUCCACAUCACUGGGUUGAUUAUCUAAUGAUGCCUCAAGACACAAAGCUUUCAAGAAACACAAGUGUUGGCUCUUCUGAUGAAACUGUGAGCAAGUUUCAUCAACUUAUGGUCGAACUCUUUUGAUAGCAUUUAUAAUAUAUGACACAUUUUCUCUUUUUAUUGUUAAGGAUUCAUAAUGGGUAAUACCA